GAGAGAGAGACAGAGAGAGAGAGAGGGAGAGACCAACCAACCUGGAGCACUCCAGAAACCUGAGCUUCAUUUUCUCUCCACUCGCCCAUGAGAAGGAGCUGCACUGCUGAAAGUUUCUCCUCAUUCAGUGGAAACAUCAGAGAGCGAGGACAUAUUUGCGGCUGUAACCAUGGACUGCCUCAAAGACUGCUGCAAGACCUUCACCAAGCAGAGCGAGCUGGAGACCCAAGUCAUCACACUGAGGAUUCCUCCUAACAAAGACGCAGCGUCAGGCUGGGAGCCGGAUGGAGGGAGGAUGGGGGUCACUGAAGAUUACCUCCUGUCCAAGCUGCCCCCCGAUGGCAAAGAGGUGCCGUUCGUCCUGCCGACCUUUAAGGCCUCGUACGUCCAACCUCAAGGCGCCCGCUUCCCCAACCUUCAGUCAGGACCGCAGAGCUCAGCACGCUGCACGUACGCAGAGAGGAAGGCCGAGCUGCUGGGCUCCAGUGUCUUCAACUACAGCCCAGAGUCCAGCUUCCACCGGGGUCAGAUGGUCGAGUACAUGUCCCCCGGCUCGAGCCGCAGAGACACGCUGAAAAACAGAAUCUACAGUCCUCAAAGUCCAGGUUGGAAUCUGAGGCCGAGCGGUGACCAGCGUCUGAGCAGCUCCAUGCUCGACCUCUCAAGCUCUCAGACUCACAUGCAGCUGCAGCACUGUGACUCGCUCUCCAGCGUCCUCAGCAGCACGUCCUCCCCACGGUUCGGCUCCAUCGAGAGCAGCUUAGACUCCAUCCCCCUGUCGUGGGACGAGCGUGAGCUGGGGAAGGUGUGCAUCCAGCUGAGCUACCAGGAGACUCUGGAGCAGGUGUGGAUCACUCUGGUCCAGUGUUCAGAGCUCAACCUUCCUCCUGACGGAGCAGAACAACAGAAGAUUGGAUUCAAAGGGAUCAUCACUGUCCCCAAACCCAUUCAGUUCAAGAGCUCCGUCAAGGACUACAGUCAGGACGUGUCCUUCAUGGAGACCUUCGUGUUUGCGUUGCGUCUCCAGCAGUUGCGUUGCAGCGCUCUGGUUCUGCGGCUGCAGACGCACAGCAACAAGAAGCGUACGGUGGCCGAGUGCGUCUUCUCUCUGCGACAGCUCGGCGCUCAGGAGACCGAGCACUGGCUCGACCUCAGCCCUCGCUCCAAAUCCUCUGUGUGCCACGCUGAGCUCAAUCUCACCACCUGCUUCCAGCCGGUAAACGGGCGGAUCCAGCUCCAAGUCCUCGCCGCUCAAAACCUCCCAGCAUCCUCCACUCCGCUCACACAAGCGUUUUUUGUCAAAGCGGAGAUGCACCAGCUCGGGCGGGUGGUGAUGAAGAAGAAGACUCGAGUGAUCAAGGCCUCAAAGGGUCAGUGUCGGUGGGCGGAGACUUUCCACUUCCUCCUCGCUGCCGUCGACCACGACUACUCGCUGUCAGUCAAACUCUACAGCCGCAGCUCGGUC